CCGCGAAGACCAUCGUUUUUCCAUAUUUUCACUCUCAUACCACCGCCAAACCGGCACAUAACAACAAACACGUUUUCAAAGUGUCUGCCGUCACAGCACAAUCGCCAGACAUGGCGUCGUUCGGUUCAGCCCUUCGAUCGUUUUGGCAUACAAUGACCAGCUAUGACCGACAUUCCUCCUUCGACUCUCCCUACAGAACUGGCCAACACGUUCCUCUCGCACAAAGCCGACAUGCGCCCCUGACCUCCAUCGCUACCACUGCUUCAGAAUCUCGUGCGGACAUCAAUUCUCCUUAUUUCGAAGAUGCGGGUAGACAUUCAAUGACAGCCCUGAAUGGAGGCGCGUAUCCUAAUUCACCACAUCCUGCGAGCCCUUCUCCGAUAUCUCCCUCUCCUUAUUCACCUGGUAUGAGAUCCACAGAUGCCCUUCGAAGAACGAACACCAAUGAGAACUUUGAGAAUGUUACUCCUGGAGAGAUUCAAUUACAAGCCUUUCAAGAAGGUCUUCCUCCCCCUCCUCCUGUGGGUCAUUCAUGGAAGCGUAUCGAUCGAUGGGCGGAGGAGAAUUAUCCAGAACUGUUCGACCAAUUGGGUGAAGGGUGCACAAAUAAUGAUCUGAACGAAUUGGAACAUCAAUUGGAUUGCUCUCUCCCAAUGGAAGUCCGCGAAUCUUUGCAAGUUCACGAUGGUCAAGAACGAGGUGGCAUUCCUACUGGAAUUAUCUUUGGCUCAAUGUUACUGGAUUGUGAGGAGAUGGUUCAGGAGUGGGAGAACUGGAAGAAGGUUAAUGCAGAGUAUUUGACCGAACCCGUCAACUUCAAGCCAGCUACCCCUAUGAAAGCUCUUGGUGGAAGCUCAUCAUCCUCCUCGAAACAACCUCAACAAUCUGGUCAAAACCCCUUCUGGAGACAAGAGCUACUUUCUCGCCAGGAUUCACAACCUCCGAAUUCCAUCCAAAAGGUUUAUGCUCAUCCUGCCUGGAUUCCUUUGGUACGUGAUUGGGGAGGAAACAAUCUGGCUGUUGAUUUGGCUCCCGGACCGGCUGGAAAAUGGGGUCAGGUUAUCCUGUUUGGUCGUGAUUACGAUUGCAAAUACGUGAUUGCAAGAUCAUGGUCUGAUUUCCUGGCUAAGGUGGCAGAUGAUUUGAACAGUGGCAAGUGGUUUGUCGAUGAGGAUACAAAUGAGCUGAAGCUCAAGGAGUUCAAGUCUGGAAAAGUUGAGCCUGGCUAUUUGGAGAUCUUGAGGUGGAGAGUUGACCAGAAGUAUGGCCGAAGAAAUGCUCGACGCAGAUCGAUGGCACCUCAGAAUGGACAACCUAGUGGAUCACCAACCGGUUCGCCAUAUGCCAGCCCUACAGCUGAGACUGGAGGAGAGCCACGAGGACGCUCAAUGCAACGAUUCAGUGGAGCUUCACCUGUUGCGAGCCCGAAUCGACCAAACUACGGCAAAUCGAGCCCGCUCGCCAGAGUUGCUGAAGAAGGCGGUUCAGCUCCCAUCAAGGUUCACACAAACGGCAUCAAGCCUGAAAAGCUAGUCGAGGUUGAGACUCCGAGACCCAGCGAGGACCGACGAGAUUCGAAGGGCAAGAAGGCUCUGGAAUCGUUACUUGAGCGAGUAUCAUUGGACGGCGAUAAGGAGAACUCGAAGAACGGUGAAGCCAACGUUCCGCUGGUGAAUGGAAAUGGCAAGAAGGCUACUGUUGAGGAUGAUUCUACGAUGAAGACGAUCGAGAUCUAAGAUCUGCCCACUUCCUUUUAAUUACUGCAGUCGACACGAAACGAGGCGUUCACAGGCGCGAAAUAACAUGGAAGUUUUUUUCUUUCUCGAAACCCUGUCAUAAUGGAAUGGCAUGCAUUGGGGGUGGUGGUAUUUUGUGGUUUCGAAUUGAAACUUCUCCACGCAAAAUUCUCGGAGAGGGAUCGAGUGCUCAUGAGGCGUAAUUGAAAUUCAUCAGUCACAUAUACGAAACGUGGGGAGUCGACUCCAGCAAAGCUUUUUCUUCUUUCACUUCUUCAUGGUCUUCUUUUUUCUCAGAAGCCGCGGGCCUGGUGGGGACUGGAUCUCAUUCUCUCCG